AUGUUAAACAGAGCAAGAACCAUCAAUAAAACUUUGUCGUUAUUAUCCACGUCGAAAAGAACUUUUACAAAAACUUCUUUAAAUUAUAACACAGCAGCAGCUGCUGCUGCUAUUGUACCACCUACUGUCAAUAAUAACGAUAGCAGUACAACAGAUCCCAGUUUAAUGCCCAACGGCCAAGAUCCAGUUGAAUUUGCAUUAAAUUUAUCCACUCCAUAUAAUAAGUGGACUAAGCCUCAAUUAAGACGUAUUUACAAUACUCCAUUGUUAAACCUGAUCCAUUAUGCCCAAUUACAACAUCGUAAAUGGCAUGACCCAACAAAGGUACAAUUGUGUACUUUAAUGAACAUUAAGACUGGUGGUUGCACAGAAGACUGUAAAUACUGUUCCCAGUCAUAUACCAAUAACCCAGAUUUAACCCCUGCUUCACGUUUAGUUCCAAUUGAUGAUGUGCUAAAAGAAGCAAAAGAGGCUAAAUUAAAUGGUAGCACCCGGUUUUGCAUGGGUGCUGCUUGGAGAGAUAUGAAAGGUAGAAAGAAUGGUUUGAAAAGAAUCAGCGAGAUGAUUUCUAAAGUUAACUCUAUGGGUUUAGAAACUUGUGUCACCUUGGGAAUGGUUAAUGAAGAGCAAGCAAAAGAAUUGCACAAUUGUGGAUUAACAGCUUAUAACCAUAAUAUUGACACAAGCAGAGAACACUAUAAAAAAAUCAUAAGCACAAGAACUUAUGAUGAAAGAUUGAGCACCAUUAAAAAUGUUCAAAAUGCGGGAAUUAAAGCUUGUACAGGUGGUAUUUUGGGUUUGGGUGAAUCUGAAGAAGAUCAUAUUGGGUUUUUGUAUACCUUAAGUACUAUGUCACCUCACCCUGAAUCUUUGCCUAUCAAUAGAUUAAUUGCUAUCAAAGGUACUCUUUUAGAAAAAGAAAUGAGUGAAAACCCUCAAAAUUUUAAAAAACUUCAAUUUGAUGAUAUAUUGAAAACCAUUGCCACUGCUAGAAUAACUAUGCCUCAAAGUAUUAUUAGAUUGGCAGCUGGACGUUAUACCAUGAAAGAACAUGAACAAUUUUUAUGUUUUUUAAGUGGCGUUAAUGCCAUUUUCACCGGUAAAAAAAUGUUGACUACUAUGUGUACUGGUUGGGAUGAAGAUAAAGCUAUGUUAAGCAAGUGGGGAUUGGAGCCAAUGCAAAGUUUUUCAUACGAAGCUAAAAACACCAAGAAAGUUGAAGCAGCUGGAUGUUAG